AUUCCUGAAUUCUGUAAAGAACUUCAUGUCCCAUGUUCCUUUUCAGACAUUUGUUUAAGGCUAAAACACUACAGGACAGUUGCUUGUUUUAAUUGUUGGAAGUGAAUACAUUUUUAAGCUCAGCUGAGAUGUUUCAGGCGUAAGCAUUAAGUGUUUUAGACUCUCCAAAAAACUUAGUGAAGAAUGGAGUUUCCCGAAGAUUUCAACCAGCUUGAGCUUCUUGACACCCAUGGACAGCUGAUCCCCAAAGGGCCCAUGAGUUCCUGGACCGCAAGCAAGGAGGAGGAGGAAGAGGUGGACGAGGAGACGCACAGUGAGGAGUGGUAUCAAGAGAAGGAGGAAGCUCUCAAAGACAAGCCGAAGGAGCUCAUUCUCUGGGCAGCAGAAAACAACCGCCUCCCGACAGUCCUCCGUUUGUUAGCGGCUGAUCCUCAGCUGGUGCACUACUGUGACGAGGACGGAUACACUCCACUGCACCGUGCGGCGUACAGCGGCCACCUAGAGGUUGUGAGAACUCUACUGGCCGCCGGCUCCACGGUGAAUCACCGCACGAUCGAUGGGUGGACGCCCCUGCACAGCGCCUGCCGAUGGAGCCACGUUGCCGUGGCGAGCUGUCUGCUGCAACACGGCGCCCAGCUUAAUGCCCAGACCAACGGUGGGCUCACACCACUCCACCUGGCUGCCUCCCACUCCAACUCCCUUAAACCAAACACUGCACACAUCUUAGAGUUCCUCCUCUCCAAGAGAAACCUGAAUCCUGGGCUCCGCAGCAGCAGCGGGGAGACGGCCGGAGACGUGGCCCGACGUAGCGGCCCAUACUACUUCAUGUUUGAGAUGGUGGAAGAUUGUGUUAACGUGGUCCCAUCUGUCACAGCAUCCUAAUCUACUGUAGCUUUUGAGGUUCAGUAACACUAGCUGGGUUUUGAACUACUCUUCCUUGCAAAAAAACGCUGAUACUGGAAAAAUGACUCCUCAUUUAGUUACAUUACAACAU